CCUUCUGAGAAAUACCCCCAGGGGAACCCGAGAAGGGGGGAAGAUGAGUUCCCCAACAGGACGGACCCAACGUUGACGACUUUAGCAAACGGCUUAACGACAAUGACACACAUAAGAUGCAUCUGUGGCAAGAGCCUCAAGAACGAGCGUGGCCUAAAAAUCCAUCAGGGUCGAAUGAAAUGCUUGGUGCAGGAGAGUGACACACAGCGCACAGGACCAAGUCCUGGUGAGACGACGGAGGAGCCCGGCCGGGAGACACCCCACAGAGCCUAGAACCUCCAUGUGAUAAACCCUCCAGCUCCCAGCAAAGUAAUUAAGCAGCCUCGUAUCAAGUGGCCUCUUGCAAGCCAACACAAAGUGUGGCACCAAUUCGACGAGCACACAGCCAGAAUUAUCGAAUCAAUAGCCAAAGGGAAUGUCGACAGACUGCUUCAGACCAUGACCACCAUCAUUGUUUCUUCUGGAGCAGAGAGGUUCGGUGUGGAAGAGGACAAGCCCAUCAGUUCCAACUACACCAUGAACCGCAGGGCAGAACAGAUCCAUCAACUGCGGCAGGAGCUCCGGUCUCUGGCAAGGCAGUACAAGGCAGCAUCUGAGGAGGAGAAGGCGCCAUUGGCUGAACUCCGGAACAUCAUCAGGAAGAAACUGACGACCCUACGUAGAGCUGAAUGGCACAAGAGGCGCAGGAGAGAGAGAGCCAGGAAACGAACUACAUUCAUAGCUAAUCCAUUUGGAUUUAUCAAACAGCUGUUGGGGCAGAAGCGCAGUGGGCAUCUAGUUUGCUCCAAAGAAGAAGUUAACAACUUCUUGAAAAACAACCUGAGCAACCCUGAAAAAGAGAAAGAGUUAGGGCCCCUCAGUGCCUUAUUGGACAUACCAUCUCCCACUGUCAAUUUCAUCACCAGCGAGCCCACCUGGAAGGAAAUCCAGGAGGUUGUUACUGCAGCCAGAGCCAGUUCAGCUCCAGGACCCAGUGGAGUACCCUACAAGGUGUACAAGCGAUGCCCGGAACUCCUUAGAAUCCUUUGGAGGAUCCUGCGAGUGAUUUGGCACAGAGGAACUGUUGCAGACCAGUGGAGGCAGGCUGAGGGUGUUUGGAUACCUAAAGAAGAGAAUUCCACCAAGGACCAUCUCGCUCCUUAGCGUUGAGGGAAUGAUCUUCUUCAGCAUCCUUUCCAGAAGGUUGACUGACUUCCUCCUCAAGAAUGCCUACAUGGACACCUCUGUCCAGAAAGGUGGAAUCCCAGGUGUGUCAGGAUGCCUGGAACAUACCGGUGUAGUUUCCCGGCUGAUCAGGGAGGCGCGGGAGGGUGCUUUGGCUUGACCUUGCCAAUGCGUACGGCUCCAUACCCCACAAGCUCAUGGAGACUACCCUGGACCAACACCAUGUACCCAAGAAGGUCAAAGACCUCAUCCUGAAUUACUACGGGAACUUCAGGCUCAGGGUCACUUCCGGGAGCAUAACAUCAGAUUGGCACAGGCUUGAAAAAGGCAUUAUACCUGGGUGUACAAUCUCAGUUUGCCUCUUUGCCCUAGCCAUGAACAUGGUAGUAAAGGCAGCUGAAACGGAAUGCAGAGGCCCUCUGUCAAAGUCUGGAACUCGACAGCCCCCCAUCAGAGCCUUUAUGGACGAUCUCACUGUCACAACUACAUCAGUGCCCGGCGCAAGAUGGAUACUCCAGGGCCUGUAAAAGCUCAUCUCCUGGGCAAGAAUGAGCUUUAAACCAACUAAAUCCAGGUCGAUGGUUCUGAAGAAGGGAAAACUGGCAGACAAGUUCCGCUUCUUCGUGGAUGGCACAACAAUCCCAUCUAUCACAGAGAAACCGGUCAAGAGCCUGGGCAAGGUCUUCGACUGUAGUCUCAGGGAUACUCAGGGGUGCAAAUUAACACUCGCCAGUCGCCAUUUGCGAGCUAUUUUUAGCUUUGGCGAGUAAAAUAUUUGCCUAACUUGCCACGCUGGCGAGUUGAAAAAGUGAGGUUCACAACAGCAAUAAUGCAGCGCUUACCGGUACCUAAAGCAACACGGAGAUCAUUAUUUUACCAAGCACAUAUUUGUUGUGAUGUCACGUUCGACGUUCCGUAGACUAGUUGCUAAGAGACGGCAGUUAGCUAGCCUAGUAGUUAGCUUAGAGCGCGCACUACAGGGAUAUCUCUCAGGCGACAGUCACAGAGUGUACCGGUAACGUUACUCGAGUCUUAAUAGCUAACAAUCAUUCUUCCUAGCCUUAAGCCUAUAAAUCUUAUCGUUAUGUGGCGCUUCCUGAAACCCAUAGCUAAAAAGGCACGGACGGAGGAGGAGGAGGAGGAGGAGGAGGAGGAGGAGGGGGGUCGCGAUGCGAAUGCUGCGAAACCCAAACCGACCAGCGCUGGAACUGGGGGGAGAAAGUUUCAGACGAAGUGGCUAUACGACGAUGCAGGGAAAAAACGCGACUGGCUGACUGUCAAGAACAACAUCAUGUUUUGCACUGUGUGCACAACUUUUGGAAAGGACAAAAAAAGUCAGGCGAGUCACUUUGUUGUGGGCUGCUCCUCGAUGAAAGUUGAAAGUAUAAUAUCACAUGAAGGCACUCGCAACCACGACAAAAAUAUGAAAAUAAAGCAAGCCAAGUCUGCCCCACUCCAUGAAGCGCCCUCGGUGCAAGUUCUCACUAAACUCUCGGACGUAAACACCCAGAAGAUGAAGCUUCUUUUCCGAAAUGCGCACGCCAUCGCCAAGAAAGGUCGACCCAUCACCGACUACGUCUGGCAAUGCAGGUAAUUGUUAGCUGUGUCCUGUGUUUAUAUUUACAUUACAAAUGCCAUGGAUGUAAAGUGACAGUUUAAUGAUUGUGGUUACACAUCGACAGUGACAGUGUUGAUAUAUAGUUUGAUGUCUGGAUGUAAUGUUACAGUGGCAGGAUUGGAUAGUUAAACAACAAGGAAAAGAGUCAAAGCAGCACUUGUCUGAUAUUGCUAUAGUGCUAUCUCCCGGCAUCCUCUGCUGACUGUGAGAGAGGAUUCAGCACCAUGAAGCAGGUGAAAUCUGACUGGAGAGCGAGUCUGGAACCUGCCAUUCUUUCUGAUCUCCUCAUGGUUCAACUUAAUUCUGAAGAGAUCGAGGCCUACGACCCCACUGUUGCCAUAGGGCUGUGGCACACAGACAUCAUCCGCAGCCGCAGACCAGACUUCAUGGAGGGAGGGAAGAAGAGACCAGCAGCACCACAUAAGUCUGUUGACCUGUCUGUGACUGACAUUAGUGACUCUGACUCUACCUCAGAAGCUGGAGAAGACUACAUCAGGCCUGAUGUAGUGGAACUAUCUGACAGUGACUCUGACGAUGACUGAACCCACACAGAACCCGCACACUCAGUCACUCACUCACUCACUAUCUGUCUGUAUAUUUACAGACACCCACCUAGGCUACAGCUCUCACACACCGACACACACUUAGCUCUCUCUCACUUACUCACUCACUCACUCACUCACUCACAAUGUCACACACACAAAGCUCUUUCUCUCACACACACACACACACGGGGAGGGGCGGUGAAGUUCUGAGACGUUAAUUUUUUCUAUAUAUGUUAAUCUGAUGUUCUUUCAUUAAUGUUCUUUCAUUAUUUAUAUCCAGACAAUGUUGGCAACAGAUUUAAUAUUUUUUUCCUAUAUUUUUUGUAGCAAGCAGUUCACGGUCAAUCAGACUUGCAUAUUACUUUUAUUUUAUUGAAUGCAGAUAUUUUUUAAUGUUUAAAUGUAAAAAAAUUAAUGUAAAUAUCCAGACAAUGUUGAAAAAUAUUUAACUAUUUCUUUAUUCUUUGUAGCAAUCAAUGCACUGUAAAACUUGUAUAUUACUUAAAUUUUAUUGAAUACAGAUCUUUUAAAAUCUUAUCUGCACUGCAUCAUGCGUCCUGCUUCUAGUUUCAUAGGAUAGUAAAAAAAAGAAUCUAUAUACUCUAUAUACUAUACUGUGGCCCCUGGUUGGUUGUAGAAUUGGUUUUAAUGUGACGUGAACACUUCUACAUGGCGGAAUACAAUGGUAAAGGAAAUAGUUUGUUUUGGCAUUUGGCGAGUAAAAAAUAUGGUUGGCGAGUAUGUUUUUUCACCUACUAGCCACUUGGCGAGUUGGUCAAAAAGUUAGUUUGCACCCC